AUGAUGGGCAACCAGAACUGCCACGCCGAGCUAGUGUUCGACGAUGGUGUCAAAUGGCUCGCACGCUUCCGUCUCACUAGGACUUCAUCGCCGCCCCGAGAAGUCCGUGAUUGGAUUCUUCGAAGGGAAGCAGCCACUAUGACCUAUCUUCAGCAGUAUACUCGUAUACCAUCGCCUAAGGUUUUCGAUUGGGCGUGCGAAUCCGAUCUAGAGAAUCCACUUGGAGUUGGCUAUAUCCUGAUGGAAAAGCUGGAUGGAAAAUCCAUAGAUUGGCAAGCGGCGACCCUCCAGCAAAAAGAUAAGGUCAUGCAGCAGUUGGUUGACAUUUUCCUCGAGAUUGAAAAGCAUCCCUUCAAAGCGAUAGGAUCGCCUAUCUUGGUAGGAGAUGCGAUAGACAUUCAAGGUCUUACAUAUCAAUCGACUUUCCGAGCGGGAAAGGGUCGGCUCGGCCCAUUCUCUUCUGUGCUACAAUGGUUACAAGAUAUACUGGAGGCUUACCUCGCAAUGAUAGCCAGCGGUGAGAUUGACCCCUGCUACCCCGUGGAGACCUACCUUGUCCACCGAUUUCGCCAAGACAUUAUCGGCUCUCUCUUAGCAGACGUGUCACCAGGCGAUCAAUUCUUCCUCAAGCACCCAGAUGACAAAGGUGACCAUAUUCUGGUCGAUGACUCUUUGGACGUCGUGGGAAUUAUAGACUGGGAAUGGACCCAAACAGUCUCCAAGGCUGAGGCGUUCUCUUCUCCGUGUAUGAUGUGGCCAGUAGGCGAGUUCUACGACGGCUCCAAUGAGCUAGCCGCGGAUGAACUACGAAUGGCUGCUAUUUUCCGUGAGAGAGGUCGUGAGGAUCUCGCAGACUAUGUGAUUAAAGGCAGAAAGAUCCAGAGAUUCUUCUUUGCUCUUGGGGUUGAGAGCUCCUUUCUAGAUAUGGAAACAUUUCUAUCUUUGUUUGCAGGACUUCGACGGGCUUUCAACUUUGAAGACGAAGAGUGGGAGAUAUGGAAGAGCAAGGCUCUUGAUAAAUGGAAAGAUGACGAAUUGCUUCUCAGUUUGUUAGCCGGAACAGGAUAG